AUGGCGUUAUAUACACCACCAGGAAAAUCUCCGUCACGGCCACAAGCUAAGGAGAAUGAGAAUGACAAGAAAGACGAUCCUAAGGACGAUAUUAGUAAGUUUUAUGUGCGACCUAGUCUUGGACUUAGGUUAUGGGGUCCAUUAGUGCCAGCUUCGGAUAAUAAGGUUGGAUUAUGGUCUUUAAUUGGCAUUCAAAGUGCUGUUGGAAUAUUUUGCAUGUACAGGAUAAGGAGGCUACGUGGCUCUUUGAACACUGUACGGAAGAACAUAGCGGACAUCCCUAGUUUGAAUCGAUUCUCUACGACACAAGGUGAAUUGGUAAUGCCGCCUCCAUCAUUGACGGGAAGUGCGCCUACAACUUUUACUGCCGGCCAUGGGGUUCAAAAAGCUUCAUACGGUGGUACAGCUUUUGGCGGUGCCUCAUCAUUCUUCAAGAGUUCGAGUAAGGAGAACGGCAAAUCAGGCUUCAAGUUUGCGAGCUUUAUGACUUUCAAACAGGUGAUAUAUCUGCUUACCGGUACACUCCUACUCUCACAAUCUUUAUUGGAAGCUUGUAGGCUCACCAUCUUGAAAUAUGAUCCUUGGGCUGAAGAGGCAAGGAGCGUACGUGACAAGAAGUUCUUCAAUGAUAUAAUAAAGUUUUACCAUGAAGGGAUUGACCCCACAAAGGUCAGAGUCAAGGAUGCAUCUAGUGGUAACGUUAUGCCCACCAAUAUUCCAGAAGUGAAACAGAGUGUUGCACUGGUAAGGGCUCAGGCCGAAGCUGAAAAUCCAAUUAUCAAAUGGUAUGGGCCUCUGGAGUAUAAACCAAUGUCCUUCUCUGAGUACCUCGAUAAGUUAGAAUAUCAUCUAGAAAUGAUCGUUUUUCUACAAGAGGAUAAAAAAGCAAAAGAAACUGCGAUGGAGAUCAUGCAUAAGAUUACUUACUCAGCUACAGAGGUUGAGGAACUCGGGAAGAAAAAUGUGGAAAAUAGAAAGAAAGCCUAUGAACUAGUUACCAAUGCUCACAAAGGUUCUAUUCCUUUAUCAGACAAAGUACAGACCUACCCAAUGAGGGGCGUCCUCAUGGAAACUGAUAAUCAAAGCCCUGAAGAUUUUGACCUCGAAGAGAUGUGGAACCUUUAUGAUCCGUGGAUGAAUUUGGCCCUCGACACGUCUCUAAGCAUAAAGUUCUUACCAACAGUCACCACGGCUAGUGAAUCGAGCGAAAAGUCUACAGAAUGGCGUGAAUCGAUAGAUGAGUCUGGGCGUGAGGCUGAUUGA